AUGUCGGCCCAGGUUGCACCCACCAUUCCUCCACGACCCACCCGCGCUUCCCAACAGGCUGCGACACAGGGUGUCAGCAAGCUGCCCGACAUCCCUCCACGUCCUCUGCCCAAACGCCUAGAUCGUUCUGUCUCUCCCGCCAACUACCCUCGUUCCCCUCUCAACGAGCCAUGGGGUGCAAACACCAACCGCCGGAGAAGCAACGAACAAGCCAACGUUGAAGCUCUACGCCGACCACCUAGUGUUCAGAAUCUGCCUUCUCUUGGCCAGGAAGGAAUGGAAUAUGCCGAUAUUCUAGCCACCCAAACGAAUCAAGAACCGCCAGCCUCUGCCUUGGGUGCCGAUGCCGCAGCCCAGACCAGAAACAUUGGCCAUGAUUUACAUCUCCACGCCCCGAAGCCAUCUCUCCCGAAAUCCAGUGCCACUGCCCAGGUACAAGCAGUGACAAGAACCGAUUCCCAACAGGCCGCUUACCACGGCCUCGGAAAACCUCCCACUCCUGCCCAGGAAGAAGGCGAGUCUCUGCACACAGUAAGGACCAGGAACAGCUUUUCCAGGCCCUCGUCAACGGUGGAAGGCGGUCGACGCUCGUCUGUCUAUGGUGGAGAAGAGACUGGUCCUGCCGAGAUUGGUCUUCGAGUUCCCAUCAAUCCCUUACUUGGAGAUGUACAGGCACCAUCCCCAGCACCCCAUAGCCCGCAUAACACCGGAGGCAAUGGUGAGAAGAGGAGGCCACACCAUUCCAGGACAAAGAGUGGCCGCGAGAUUUUUGCCCCGCCUGGAAGCUAUGGUCUGCAUGGUCACGGUCUCCCUCCACAGGAUAAGUUCGAGAAAGAUUGGUAUGCUAAGCAUCCCGAUAUUGCCCAGCACGAGGAGACCCAUGGCCAUGGAGUAUACGAGAGCAUUGGAAGUGGGCGUGGCAGCUUCGCUUUGAGCAGUGAUGAUUUGAACAAGAUUGUUCGCAGCACUGCAAGCCGAGGUACCGGCAUGGGUACCUCCGGAACUACAUUCUCUUACCCAGAUGAACAAAUUGGGUAUAAAGCUUCUGAGUUUUAUACCUCUAGAUCGCAGCAGAACACCCCGAAUAGCUUGGCAAAGACGAUCACAAAUACAUCCCAACCAGCAGCUGAGUCACCGUUGAGAAAGGCUAGCUUCCCUGCUGAUGAGACCAUCCCAGCAGAAGUUCGUCGCGGAAGGCUCUCAAUUUCUGGAAAAUCCGAUGAUGCGGUUGAGAGUGAAGCAGAGCAGGAAGUCCAUGUCGAACCUCGACGUCGUUACAAUAAGAUAACUGGCGGUGAAGAGAGCCUGAACGAGACACAAGAAGCUCGCCCAUAUGCGUCACACCCGACCCUCGAUGGCGAUUACAUCAAUGAGCAUGGCUACACGGUACCAAUUCUUGCCGAGGACGAGGUUGCCAAGGCUGUUGGAAUCGAACAUCUUCAACCAGCUAUUUCCCCCAAGGCGGAACGCCAUGACGGUUAUCGUAGCGGCGAUGCUACCCCAGGUUCGCGUCCUUCCAGCAGACCAACAAGCCUCUAUGGACUGUCGGGGGCUUCAACCUCACUACAACGCUUUAUCUCGCAUCACGACGACCGGGACGCCCAGCACACCCCCUUGGAGGACGUAGAGGAGUACGAACCACUCUUCCCGGAUGACGAUGGCAAGAAGUCCAUCAGCCACGCUGAGCGAUUUAAGCAGAGACCGCAUGUUCUAAAGCAACGUUUCCCCAGUCAAGAUAUUUGGGAGGAUACACCGAGCAGCGCCAUGUAUUCAGCAGAAGUCUCCACGCCAGACCUUCCCGCCCAAGCAGCAAGUCAAGAAGCCUCUAAAACUUUCGAAACGCCAGAACAGGAAGGCGCACGAAAGGGCGAGCCGUCCGAGGCUGAACGUGAAAAACUCAUCCCUAAUGAAGAGAGGCUCGCAAAGUCUCGUUUUGCUCCACACCUCCGAGAUGACAUGCCUACCCGACCAGGACAGCUACCCCGUUUCCCCAGCUCUGAUAUAUGGGAGGACAGCCCAGACAGCCACCAUCUCGUCACCACUGUAAGUAAUCCGCCCAUGGAUGAUGAACCAGAGAGCCCUGCAGAUACCGUCUCCAAACCAGCUGUUCCACCACGACCGGGUAGGAGUAGGCUAGGUGAAGAAGCAUCAUCGUCACAGGUCGCCCCUAGCAUACCUGCCAGACCUUUAAACCAAGACGCAAGCGCCACGAAAGCUACUUCUCCCACAGAGUUGAAAAAGGUUCCCAGUAUUCCUGAUAGACCUAAGCCACAAAUUCCAGUAAGACCGGCGAAGAAGACGCCAGAAGCUAGUGGUUCUGCCGAGCAAGAGAAAGUCUCUCCUGCGAUCUCGAAGGUAAAACCUCAAGUCCCUGCUCGACCCGGGGCUGGGAGCAAGAUCGCGAACCUACGAGGCAACUUUAUGAAUGAUCUUAACGCCAAACUUGGACUUGGGCCACCAAAGGAGAAGGAGAAAGAACCAGAGCAGUCAAUAGAGGAAGCCAAACCAUUGGAAGAUGCCCGCAAGGGGAGGGCUCGGGGACCUCAGAGGAGGGCUCCGGCCAAGUCACCCGCCAGUUCGGGUCCUCCUACGAUUCAAUUCUCCAUGUUCAAGCCUCAUUCACUUUGGACAAUUGACGAUACGGAUGAAGUCAGCAUUAUCUCGCAGCCAGCUAAGAAGAUAGACGCACCCUCACCUACUGGAGCCACUCCCUCUUCUAUUACUCUUUCAAGUGAGAAAGCUGAGCAAAUUGAGAAUUCAACCGUGGCCGAUACACCCUUACCUUCUACGAUAGAUACAACGGAUCACGCUCUGGCUGCACAAGAACAAACCGAAGAGCCUCCACCACCUCAAGACCAGCGAAAAGAAUUUGCGACCGAGAUCGCCAAGAAUACGGCCGGUGAUCUAGCAGAGCCCACACUAGGAACACCCACUCAAGAAAGACCUAAUCCCUUAAGUCAUCAUGUCUCCGAUGAAGAUGAUGGGCUUUCGAAGGAAACCACAGCGAGCAGUGACCAGGCUUCCGGUCCAACGCUCGAACGAGAAGACCCAGAUCCAAGCACUGAUGCCAUCCCAGUGAGCAAGCAGACCACGGCUAGUACCGACGCUGGUACCGUCCCGCUGGAGCAUGCGCUUACACACGAGUCAUCCGAAGCGCCUAAAGAACCUCGUGCUGAAGCCCUAUCGGAAGGUGAGCCUGGUAAGGCGAGUGCCGAGCAGGUUUAA